GAUUUUAAGAGCGCUGCUUCACAAGUUUUGGAUUAUUAACGUAAAAAAUAAGUUUCAGUAACAUAUUUAAAAUUACAUUUUUUGUUAUUUUCUCGUAAAAAGACAUUCGACACAGCGCCAAACUACGUUACCCACAAUGCACCGCAGGUCAAAUCAGAAUUUAAACGGCUAAAGCACCAGAGCUGUUUCAAACUAACAGCUAGGAUAACACACAAACAGACUGGAAUACUUCGCUUAUUUUAUGCUUUUCUGGUUUUCUGAGUCUGUUGUUUAAUCACCGGGACGGUCAGAGCGGAAUUUGACUUUUUGACUUUUAAGUUUACAACAUGACUUUGCCGGUUUUUCUCAGUUAGCGGCGCUAGGCUAAGCUAAGUGGUUGCUAGCUGAGCUCGUGCGAUGACUGUCAGACGAGGAGAAACGUGAAUUAAACUUCCGCUGUUAACACACAGACGAAGAGUUUGAUGUGUUAGCUGGAUAUAAAAGAGUUUUUUGUAUCAGUUCCGAUCUUUAACGAGUCGAAACACUCCGAGCGGAGGAGCCAUGACUCUCGCUCCGAAGGAACUGUCCAACCUGCUGGGCAUCAUCUCGGAGGAGGCUUGCACCAACACCUUCGAGAGCCUCUCCACGCACUUCCAUCACUACUUCGGGAAAGCGGAGCACUUCCGGGUGGGCUCGGUGCUGGUGAUGCUCCUGCAGCAGCCGGACUUGCUGCCCAGCUCCCCGCAGAGGCUCACCGCUCUCUACCUGCUGUGGGAGAUGUACCGCACCGAGCCGCUGGCUGCGAACCCGUUCGCCGCCGUGUUUGCUCACCUGCUGAACCCCUCACCUGCCGGGGAGGAGCAGGAGAAGGUGCACUCAGGCUUCCUUCCUCCGAUCACUCAGCCGGAGAAGUUCUUCCUGUCCCAGCUGAUGUUGGCUCCGCCCAGAGAUCUGUUCAAGAAGACGCCCAGACAGGUUUCCUGCAUGGACGUCGGCAACAUGCCCCAGUCUAUCGACAUCAGCGGGCUGCAGCUUGCUUUAGCAGAGCGACAGUCUGAGCUGCCCACUCAGAGUAAAGCCAGCUUCCCGAGCAUCCUCAACGACCCCGAUCCAGAUUCAUCAAACUCAGGGUUCGACAGCUCAGUGGCCAAUCAGAUCAUCGAGUCUCUGGUCACAGGGCCCCGCCCACCACUGGAGAGUCACUUCAGGCCCGAGUUCAUCCGCCCGCCGCCUCCUCUGCACGUGUGCGAGGACGAGCUGGCGUGGCUGAACCCCACCGAGCCAGAUCACAGCGUGCAGUGGGACCGCUCCAUGUGUGUGAAGAACAGCACAGGCGUGGAGAUCAAACGCAUCAUGUCCAAGGCCUUCAAGAGCCCGCUGUCCGCGCAGCAGCAGUCACAGCUUCUGGCUGAGCUGGAGAAGGACCCGAAGCUGGUGUAUCACAUCGGCCUGUCCCCAGCAAAGCUCCCUGACCUGGUGGAGAACAACCCGCUGGUGGCCAUCGAGAUGCUGCUGAAGCUGAUGCAGAGCAGUCAGAUCACCGAGUACUUCUCUGUGCUCGUCAACAUGGACAUGUCUCUGCACUCCAUGGAGGUCGUCAACAGGUUGACCACAGCUGUCGAUCUGCCGCCGGAGUUCAUCCACCUCUACAUCUCCAACUGCAUCUCCACCUGUGAGCAGAUCAAAGACAAGUACAUGCAGAACCGUCUGGUGCGCCUGGUCUGUGUCUUUCUCCAGUCUCUGAUCAGGAACAAGAUCAUAAACGUUCAGGACCUCUUCAUCGAGGUUCAGGCUUUCUGCAUCGAGUUCAGCCGCAUCCGUGAAGCCGCCGGACUCUUUCGCCUCCUCAAGACCCUGGACACCGGAGAGAACCCGGUCGAGGCCAAACCUGCAAAAUAACGCUCCCCACAGAGACGCUGCACCCACAGAACGGGUUGAAACAUGUUGAAGGGGCGUGGUUUGAGUCUAAACAUGCUGAAGGGGGGGCGUGGUUUGGGUUGAAACAAAGAGGGGCGUGGUUUGAGUCUAAA